CAUUGAUGCCUCGUGAUCUCUCUUGUGACAAACUUGAGUUUUGAUUUUCGAUAAAUUUUGUUUGGAAAUUUGGUUUAAAUAGCAUUUAAAGUAAAGCAUUUAAAGUAGAGGAAAAGAAUAUUUGUGACCUGUAUUACAGAAAGAAUGUGGCAGUAUCAAACUAUAUUACUUUGCUUGUAUGGCUUCUUCAAAGAGAUGAAACCUUCGGAGUCAUUCCUCACUCCAUAUCUGCGUGAAGCACCAAAAAACUUUACAGACGAACAGCUAGUGAACGAGAUUUAUCCAGUUUCAACCUACGCCAAUCUCGUAGCGUUGUUCCUCGUUUUCUUUGUGACAGAUUUCCUUCGGUACAAACCAGUUAUAAUUGCGGAAGCUUUGGCAUAUCUUGCCACUCGGGUGUUGCUAAUUUGGGGCACAAGUGUCUUGUCCAUGCAACUCAUGCAGGUUGCGUAUGGUAUUGCAAUUGGAGCAGAGGUAGCUUAUUAUUCCUACAUUUAUGCUGCAGUGACUGCUGAACAUUACCGGAAAGUGACUAGUUUCACAAGAGCAGCCAUCUUGGUUGGCCGGAUGAUGGCUGGCAUAAUGGCCCAGUUACUGAUCUCACUAGAGUGGGCUGGCUAUUUAACAUUGAACUAUAUAUCUUUUGCCAGUGUCAUUGUUGCCUUUUUGUUUUCUUUGGUAUUGCCCAGUGUGCAAAGUUCCGCAGAUGCAUUUAAUAGUACCCCACGUGGAAACCAUACAUGGUUUACAAGGCUAAGGCUGCAAUGGAAAGUAUAUUUUCUUGACUUCUGGCAUGGAUUCAGAAAGUGUUACUCUGGGCGAUUAUUGUUACGUUGGUCAUUGUGGUGGGCUGUGGCAACUUGUGGUGAGCUACAGGUGGAAAAUUAUGUUCAAAAUCUUUGGGAUGAGAUCCGGCCUUCCCAUAACCAUAGGAUUUACAAUGGUGGUGUUACAGCAGUGACACAUUUGUUAUCAUCCACUAUAGCAGUCUUAUUGGCAUUCACAAAAAUCAACUGGACAAUCUGGGGAGAAUUGUGCCUAGGAGUUUUCUCCAUCAUUGACUGCUUUCUAUUGUUUCUUAUGGCUAGUACAAGCAAUAUCUGGGUGGCAUAUUGCAGUUAUGUUCUAUUUCGAAUCAUAUACACAUUUCUCAUAACUAUUGCAAGUUUUCAAAUAGCCCGAAUGACAGAAAUGAAUAGAUUUGGUUUGGUCUUUGGUUGUAAUAUGUUUGCGGCGUUGGUGUUUCAAACUAUUCUUACCACAAUUGUUGCAGAGAAGCAUGGCUUGGCUCUUCCAGCAAAGAAACAGUUCAUUGUUUAUGGUUUCUACUUCUUUCUUAUCGGAGCAGUGUUCUUAGCAAUGGCGGUAUAUGCUAUGACUGUUAUUGGUUGGCGUGUGUGUUGGCAGCAGCGAUACCGUCUCUUAGUAUCCAACCAAUGUGACGCAUCUGGGACCGAUGAGUCAUCCGAGCUCAAUGACGAUGAUUUGCAAACAAGUCAUCCGUCGAUCAACGAACUCAGGCCGUCUUUUCCUGCCGACGAUGUCGCUGCGAACAGAAUUGAAAAAGCUACAGUAAUGCCCAAAGUAGUAUAAGCACAAUCACUAAACCUGUGGUUGUGGACCCAUCUUUCAAGAGUACUAGUGUUUCACUAGUUUUUACUUUCCAGAUACAUAGCCUAGGAUUGCUUUAAAACGAUAGGCCAUAGGCAUGGAGCCAAUUUGGCUGUUAGCAAUGUCAACGACGGAUUGACGUCUUGUAGUGGCAAUGAAGAAGUUUAUUAAUAUAAACAAAAACGAACGUCGCACCAAAAAUUCAGUGUAACAUGACAAUGUUUUUCUAAACCAAUAAAAUUAAAAAAAAGCCAGUUUUUAUUACAUCUGAUUCAUAAGAAAACAUAAUUUUUAAUAGAUAAAUUAAAAAUAUGUAUGUGAGAUAAA